UGUGAUAAAGAACGUGUAACCUUUUUACAACUUUUAAUUGUAUCUGAAUCAGCAGCAUUGAGUGUAGUAAGUUAAGAAAAUUGAUUUAUUCAGUCUUCCAAAACAAUGUUUUCUGUCCAGUGCUGUUUUAGCACCUGCAGUCCUCCCCAGUGGCAUCCCGUGAAAUUAGCGUAGAGCUCCUUUCAUUGUAUGCUAUGCCUGUUAGCUGGGCAGCUAUGGAAGUGAAGAGAGAUUACAGUGAAAUUCCAGUAUAGCUGAAAAAUUAAUAAGAUGUAACAAAUCCUACUGAAUUGUGGACCAGGAAGAAUAUAUUUAAGGCUUUUCCAGUAUGCAUAAGAUGGACACCCUGACCAAAGUACAGUCAUUUGAUUGGUACAAGCUGAUUAUGGGGAUCCAGGCACAACUGUAGAAAAUGAGAAGGACAGAGAUCCAGUUAAUAAGUAAUUCCUGGCCAUAAUGCAGGUUUGAACAAACAGUACAGUCCUGCAACAGUAAGGACAGUAUCUCAGCCUAAACACUCUCCAGCGUAUUACUUCUUCCUCUCACCAAGAAGAAAAUGAAAAACAAGACGAGCUUUCUCCAGCAAGGAGGAGAAGCAUGUCCUUCCAGGUGUCUGGAUAACAGUGCGUUCGGACAACAGAGACUACCAGCUUGGAAGCCCCAGCUUACCAUCAUGGCUGUGCUCUCCACCUUCUUUCUCACAGGCAUGUUCUGCUUCUCUGUGGGAGUCUGCCUCAUAUUGUCUGCAAACAGCAUCAGAGAAAUCCAGAUUGAUUAUUCAGAUAAAUGCUCAGAUUGUUCAAAACCUGAAAAUUCAUCUAAUUAGAAUAAGGAAUGCCGCUGUUCUGUUAAUUUCACGCUAAAGGAAGAUAUAUUGGGUGAUGUUUUUAUGUAGUAUGGGCUCCAAAACUUCUACCAAAAUCACCGUCGAUAUGUGAUAUCAAGAAGUGAUGCACAAUUGUUGGGUCGAAAUGUAAAUAUUGAGAAUAGUUACUGCAUGCCCUUCACAACCUACCAAAAUGGGACAGCCAUGGCUCCAUGCGGCGCUACUGCCAACAGCAUGUUCAAUGAUACUGUUGAUCUUUUUUACAAUCUUAACUCAUCUGUUAUUCAAGUACCACUGCUGAAGACUGGAAACAGCUGGUGGACAGAUAAAAAUGUGAAAUUUUGCAAUCCAAAAUCAUACAAUCUCUCUUCUGCAUUUCCAGGGACAUCAAGACCUCCUUACUGGCAGAAGCCAGUAUAUUUUUUAGACGAGGAAGAUGAAAAGAACGGUUACAUAAAUGACGACUUCAUUAUCUGGAUGCGAGUGUCAGCCUUUGCUACCUUCAGAAAUCUUUAUCAUUGUGUCAGACGGAUAAGGCAGUUUACAGAUGGCCUCCCAGUGGGGAAUUACACUUUUCAUAUUUCUUACAAUUUCCCUGUUACCAAAUUCAAGGCAAGGAAGCAUGUGAUUCUUUCAACUGUGGUAUGGAGUGGAGGAAGUAACCCAUUCCUGGGAAUUGCCUAUGUGGUUUCUGGAGCAGCAACCCUGGCAGGUUUUGUCACAACUGCUACCCACUUAAAGCUCAGAAAACAGAAAUCAUACUUUCAGUAG